UCCUGGAAAGUCACAAAGUUCUCAACCAGCCCUUCGGUUCACUUCAUCAUUUUUCCUCGCAUUACUUUCUUAAUUUGAUUAAAUAAUUAAUGAACCAUCUCAAAGCCAUCGAAUUAAAAUGAGUAGACGCCCGCUCGGGAAAACUGCUCUCGCUUGUCAGAGUGUGUCAAAUAUGGUGAAGUAACUUAGAUCAAGCCUCCUCCCCUCCGGAUCAAACGUGGCAGCAAUGCGGGUUGUUUAUCAGGUCACCAGCAGCACCUCUCUACAGAUCCCUCCUCAGCCUCAGACUCCUGUGUUCAGACACCCAACCCUGCCGGACACCAUCCAGCCUGCCGUGGCCCAGGCCAUCAUCAAUCCCAAACGGGGUAUGGAGGGACCCCUCCAGACUCCACAGACCCCCAGGGCCUGCAGCUCAGGUGGGAAAUCGUGCUGGAGCCUGGAUGUGAGGGUGGUGGUGCUUCUGGUGGCUGUGGCUGGAGUCGUGAUCCUGCUGCUGCUCUACAGACUCCUACAGCUCAGACACAGGUUGAGGAUGGCCCGGGCAAUUCACGCUCUGGAGUACCACAGCUUCUUCCACAGCGCCACCUACACCCUCAAACACCCUGAGCCGUGUCUGGACCUACCAGCCAAGAACGGUUUGCUUCCUGAAACUAUUCCACCCGUCCACACUGUAAGCCAGGUGAUACCCACUGCUACCGUUACACCACUUCCACCUCCACCAAUGUCUUCUCCACCCCCACUGCCACUCCCCCCACCUCCUGCCCUGCCUCCACCCCCACUCCACGCUCCACCUUCUCUCCCUCCAGCAGCUGCGGUUCUGCCCUUUCCUUUCCCCCUGCCUAUGAUCCACGCCACCCCACCCAGCCCCCACCUGUCGUGGGGCGCCUGCUCAGAUGUGGAUGUGUACUCUCGGAUUGGAGCUUACAGGCCGUCGAGGCUCUCCAGCAUCUCCAACCAAUCAAAAGUCAUCCUGUUUGAACACUCGUCUCUCUGACCUCUGACCUCAGACACAGAACAGGACCAGACACUUUAAUAUUUGAGAAGACUCUACAUAUUUCGCUAUCCUGGGGUGAUAAAGUGUCUGCAGUAUUUCUUACCAAAGAUGGGACCAAAUCAAAAUAAUGCAUAUAGAUUUACAUACAUCAGUUUUGCUUUUUCAAAUUUGUGAUAAUUUCUACAAACUUCUUGUAACGAGUGCAAGUGAGCUACUGUUGGAACAAUGCACCAACCACGAGGUGCAAACGAUGGAAAAAAACAACCUCAAGUUGGACUUAAAGGUGAGAAUGCUAAAGUUUGAGUUGAUCUUAAAUGAAAAUGACUAUCUUAUGUCAGUAUAAUUAGGAGUGGGAGUUUCAGUGAAGAGUGUUAUAAAGAUAACAAGGUGUGCCCUCGUGAUGUUGGUUUUCUUGCAUUAGACGAUUAAAGGAAACAAAAUGACAGAUUUGUAUACUGUAUAUUUUUGAUGCAUAACACCCAAAUAGAAAGAACUUUGUUGAGUUUAAAACACUGACAUAAAGACAAAAGUUUAAUUGUGUUAUUUAAUCUGGAUAUUUUAUUUUCCUCACAUACAAUGUCUUGUUUUUUACAGUGUAGCCAUUGUAGCAAAGCCCAUUGUUCCUUCAGAGGAGGCAUUUCCUGAGCUGGUUUUCCUCGGCAGUCCCUCCCUGUUUCACACCAUUCCCUUCACUCAAUGUGUUUCCUCUGACUCUCACUCUGUAUUCGACUUGCCUUGCAUUUUCUUCACUUAUCUUAAAGUCUGAAUUGAAAUUGUAGAAUUUCAAAUGUUUCCAUUUGUCUCUUGACAAUGUUUAAAAACACAUUGCAGCAACAGCAAAUAUA